UAAUGCUGAAGAUGGCGGAUGCGUAGAAGUGGCUUAAAGAAACUGGAGUGUUUCACUGAAUACAUUUACAGCGGUGCUGAUAUGUUUUAAACAUGAGUGGAGUGGGUGAGAACUCACUUGAGCCGCUGUGCUCGGACCGGAAACGCAAACUCUCCACAUGUGACACUCCAGGACAAGGGUGUGAUAAGCGCAGGAGGGAACAGGAGAGCAAGUACAUCGAGGAGCUCGCUGAACUGAUUUCGGCCAACCUUAGUGACAUCGACAGCUUCAAUGUCAAACCAGACAAAUGUGCCAUCCUUAAAGAGACAGUGCGCCAGAUACGACAAAUCAAAGAGCAAGGUAAAAGCUCAUGUGGCGAUGAUGAUGUCCAGAAGGCGGAUGUGUCCUCUACCGGUCAAGGGGUCAUCGACAAGGACCAUCUGGGUCCUUUGCUACUGCAGGCUCUGGAUGGGUUUUUGUUUGUGGUGAGUCGUGAAGGCAGCAUUGUGUUUGUGUCCGAUAAUGUGACUCAGUAUCUGCAGUAUAAACAGGAGGAGCUAAUCAACACCAGCAUCUAUAACAUACUGCAUGAGGAGGAUAGAGAAGAGCUGCAUAAAAACCUGCCCAAAAGCAAUGGUUCCAACAGUGUCUCAUGGGGUGGAGAUGCCUCCCGUCAAAAGAGUCACACAUUUAACUGUCGUAUGCUGGUAAAGUUCGGCCAUUGUGGUCCCGGAGGAGAAGAGGGGGCCGGUGGGCGACGCUAUGAAACCAUGCAGUGUUUCGCUCUAACGCAGCCUAAAGCUAUGAUGGAGGAAGGGGAAGACCUGCAGUCAUGUAUGAUUUGUGUAGCAAGGAGAAUGACAGCAGUGGAGAGGACGGAACGAUUCAGCACUAGACAUGAACUAUCAGGUAAGCUAAUUGAGAUCGAGCAGCAGAGUCUGUUGCACACCACCAUGCGUCCUGGCUGGGAGGAUUUGGUGCGCAGGUGUAUGCAGAUGUUCCUACAUCGCAGUGAAGGUCAACCCUGGUCCUACAAGAGACACUUUCAAGAAGCAUAUAUGCAUGGUAGAGCAGAGACUCCACCCUAUCGGUUCUCUCUGUCAGAUGGCACACCAGUAACAGCACAAACACGCAGUGAACUCUGCCGAAACCCUGUCUCCAAUGAGCCGCUCACCUACCUCUCUACUCAUCUUCUGCAGAGGGAGCAAAAUGGAUACAGACCCAACCAGGGUGGUGUAAUGCGAUCAGUAAUGGGGAAUGCCAAUCCGAAUGCCCAGAUGGGUAUGGCUCCAGGUGGAGGCAUGGGCAAUACCCGGGGCUACAGCAUGAAUGAGCAAGGUCACAUGGGACCCAGAGGGGGGCCUAUGUAUGGCCCUGGCCACAGGAUGAAUCAAAUGAACUCAGUGCAUCAGAUGAAUCAAAUGAACCAAAUGAAUUCAAUGAAUCAAAUGAACAUAAAUCAGAUGAACUGUAUGAAUCAAAUGAGCACUAUGAAUCAGAUAAAUCAAAUGAAUCAGAUGAACACCAUGAAUCAGAUGAACUCCAUGAGUCAGAUGAAUCAAAUGGGGCAUCCUGGAAUGAAUCAGCACCACCAGGGUCAGUUCCACAGUGGUGGUUAUGGUAUGGGCAUGACAAGCCCUUCCCAAGGCAGCCCUGGCAUGAACCCUGCCCAACAGAAUCUCAUGGGGUCCCCGCGGAUAAGAGGGAGUCCCAAAAUGGGUGCAAGUCCCUUCUCACCUGGAAGUAUGCAUUCCCCUAUGGGUCCUGUGGGUAUGGGAGGCAGUGGUGGAUCCUCUGGUCCAGCAGUUGCAGUUGGCAGCAACUUCUCUAGCAGCUCACUGAAUGCAUUGCAAGCCAUUAGUGAAGGUGUUGGAUCUUCUCUACCUUCAGCACUCAACUCACCAUCCCACAAAUCCGACAGCUCUCCCAGUAUCAACUCAACACAGUCCAGUCAGCCAGGCCAGACUGGUAGCAGCAAACUCAGUUCUGGUGACUCCAAGAGCCCAUCAAGUGCUCAUAGCACUGGAUUAGAUCAACAGCAGGCCUCUUCUUCUGAAACCACAGUGGAGAAGCCAGACAGUCAGUCCAGCAAGGAGGGUUCUACUGGGGCAGAAGUCAACAGGAGAGUCCCUGACGGAAAGGGCCACAAGAAGUUACUUCAGUUGCUCACCUCACCCACUGAAGAGAUUGGGCUUGGGACUGCGACUGGUGGACCUACUCCAGGUCGUGCCUCCACACCAAUGGGUCCUGACUCCAAGGAGGUAGGAGGUAGCAUGAUGAGUCCUUCAUCAACAGGGGUAUCCUCCUCUUCUGGCCCAUCAUUGGGGAAUAAUGCAAAUCAGCAAGGUUCAGGAGGAGUGUUAUCUACGGCUUGUCCUAGUGGACAUCAUGGUUCUCACACCCUGCAGGAAAAACACAAGAUACUCCACAAGCUUCUUCAAAAUGGAAACACACCUGACGAGGUGGCUCGCAUCACAGCCGAGGCCACAGGUAAGACCUCUCUCGGUUCAGAGAACCCAAGCGCUGAGGGGAGGAGUUUGGAACUCAAACAGGAGCAGCACAGUCCGAAAGAAGGAAAAAAGCCACAAGCCCUUCUCCACUACCUCCUCAAUAAGGAUGACUCCAAAGAGCCCAAUGCCACAGAGGCCAAACCAAAACUGGAGGAGCUGGAGGGGAGAGGGGCCACUAGAGGCCAAGGGUCAGGGGUCACAACCUCAAAUUCUAACAACCAGGAGGGCAAAGUCAAGAUCGAACCACCUGAUGAGCUGGACAGCUUGGAGAGCAUUCUUGGAGGGCUGAGGAAUUCUGGCUCUGGAAUGUUUGCUGAUUCUGGGACUGGAGGGACAGAGGGGGGCAACAAGCAGGGCAAUGGACCCAACAGCACCGCACAUGACCGGGAGAGUGUAGGUAUGGGCUCAGGUCAACGUGUGUCCAUCCAGAGGGCGGUGUCUGUAGAUGGUAAACCCCUGAGUGGACCAGGGAUGACGGGUAGGAGGAGCGCCCCCUCCUCUCUUGUCAAACAAGAGCACAUUGACAACCAGAUGGGCAUGGGAGGUCCAAACAGGCCAAUGGGGAUGCCUAAUCGCCCCCCUAUGACAGGUGCCGGAGACUGGGGAAUGCCCAGUUCCAGCGGCAGCCCUGUUGGUUCUGUUGGCCACCCGGGCAUUGGUCGCCCAGGCAUGGACCACAAUCCCAAGAGCAUGAUUGGAGGACCCAUGGUUAACAGAUCUAACAGUGUUCCUGCAACCAGAUCUAUGUUGCAACAGCAAUUAAUGGAUAUUGGGCCUUAUGACGUGGGAAUGGGAAUGAAUGCAUUCAGAGGGCAACCACCUCCGCCACAGUCCCCUUCAUGGCCAGACAGUGCAAUGGGAAUGGAGGGAGCACAGAAUGCAAACAGGCUGCCAUUUAAUAACUCUCUGGAUGAACUUCUGGUCCCUCCAUCCACCACUGAAGGCCAGAGUGAUGAGAGAGCUCUGUUAGAUCAACUGGACACUCUGCUUAACAACGCUGAUGUCAUAGCUCUGGAGGAGAUUGAUCGUGCACUUGGUAUACCAGAUAUUGUUGGGCAGGGUCAUAGUUCAGACCAGCCCCCUCCGACAGACCCUUUCUCCGGUCCUUGCCCAGGUCCUGACUCCUCUAUUGGUAUGGAUCGCAAGGGUAUGUAUGGGCAGGGCUAUCCAGGCCCCCCAUCCAUGGGAAUGCCAGGUGGAUAUGCCCCUGGUCUCAACCCUGGUCCUGGACCCAGUCCCAUGCUGGCGCAAUCUACACCAGGGUUUAACCCCAUGAUGAAUCAGAUGAACCAGCAGGGUGGCUUUCCUGGAAUGGGUGGUAUGGCUGCUAUGCAUCCCCGUGCUAAUAUGAUGAGGCCUCGGAUGAUGAAUCCAACCAAGCCGCUCAGAUUACAGCUCCAGCAGAGACUGCAAGGGCAGCAGUUUUUGAACCAGAGUAGGCAGAGUAUGGGGAUGAGGCCAGAUAACAAUCCUGCAGCAAACCCUGGCAUGAGGCCUAGCAUGCAGCCAGGCAUGGGCGUACAGCCUGGUUUCCUUAACGCUCAGAUGAUGGCCCAACGCAGUAGAGAAAUGAUGAAUCUUCAAACAGAGAUGGGAAGACAAAGGAUGAUGAUGAUGAUGCAACAGCAACAGCAGCAGCAACAGCAGCAGGUUGCACCUGGAGGCUUCAGUCCCCCUCCUAAUGUCACUGCCCCUACAGGAAUGGACAACCCCAUGGCAGGACCCCCAAUGAACCAGGCUAGCCAGCAGGCCUUUAACUAUGGAGGCAACUAUGGUAUGGGCCAGCAGGGGGACCCUUCAUUUGUGGGAACAGGCAGCAGUCCCCCUAACAAUAUGAUGUCUGGUCGUAUGGGUGGCCCUCACAAUCCCAUGAUGCAACAGCACCCUCAGAACAAUCCCAUGUACCAGUCUGCAGAGAUGAAAGGCUGGGGACAGGGGCCUAUUCCCAUGAAUAAUUCAUACUCCCAGCAGCAGCAAUACCCCCAGCAGGGGGCGCCUGGACAGUACAGUGGAAUGAUGAUGAAUGGUUCCAUGCAAGGAGGUGUCAAUAGCAACGGUGCAGGACAGAUGCCCCCAAUGCAGGGCCAGAUGGGCAUGAAUGCCAUGGGCAUGGGACGCAUGCCAAUGGGACCCGAUCAGAAGUACUGCUGAGGCAAUGAGCCAUCCCUGUAAGUUACGGACGAGUUGGAGUCAAACUCGGACUCACAAUUUAAGCAACAGUCCAAUGAGGAAAUGUCAACAUGGAGCUAUAAUAUCUGCUUCAUAUAGGAGAAAUGGAUGGAAAGGUCCAGUGGAACUUAACUGAGAGAGAAAAGACAACGAAAGGGAGGGAGAGCGAGAGACUCAAGCCUUCUCUGUGGGGUUCGUUCUGAAUAUGCCCAGUAAUAUGUGCAAGCAGGCUCUCUCCUGUCCCAUAUGGCUGUACUGCAGUACACAACAUAACCACCAGGGGGAACAGAGUAGUAAUGGUUAUGGGACAACUUGACUGUGGGGGGAGCGCUUUAUUUUAAGGAUAGUACAGAAAAGGAUAGUUGCAAUAUAUUUCUUGCUUUUUCUAGCCUUAUAGAACGGUUAUGUGCAUAUUGUCCAUUUUGAAUUUGUUUUGGACAAGCCUCGUUUUAAAGAAAACCUUUAGAAUUGUAAGAACCAGAACUUCAUCAUUCAUGCAAAUCAAAGCAAUAAUUCUCCUCUCAAUGCCACAGGCUCAAAGUGGCAUGUCAACAAAAAUCAAUGGUACUGCAGUAUUAGACACAGUUUUUUUUUUGUUGUUGUUUUUUUUUUUUUUGUGUGAAUAAGAUUGGAAUUGUAAAUACUGUAUGCUACAAAUUGAUCAUACAUGCUUUUACUACAUACUUGUUUUGCACAGAGUUUGGGUCUCUGUUAGGCCCAUUUUAUCUAUAUUUUAGGUCAGUACUGCUCUGGGUUUUACACCUAUUCUGACUUCUGUCAAAGGGAGAAUAUAUAUAUAUAUAUAUAUAUA